CCAAGGUGAACAUAAUGGAAUCCAACUUCUCUCCAAAAGAUGCCUACGUGAGUCACUUCAAUCCUCGAAUUUACCUGGAAACUUAUUAUUCCUUGGCACCGAAUCCUUCUAAAGAAAGCCAGGUUCUGAAGUUUAUCCUGAGAAAACUGUCAGAGAUAUUCUCUCCAGACAAGAUGAAAGGAGACCUCCUGAUUGAAAUUGGCAGCGGCCCCACCAUCUACCAGUUCCUUUCUGCCUGUGAGUUAUUUAAAGAAAUUGUGGCCACUGACUAUGCUGACCAGAACCUGAAAGAGAUCAACCAGUGGCUGAAGAAGGAGCCAGGGGCAUUUGACUGGUCUCCUGUGGUGAAAUAUGUGUGUGAGCUAGAAGGAGACAGAGACAAGUGGACUGAUAAAGAAGAAAAGUUAAGAGAGAAGGUAAAGCAGGUCCUGAAGUCUGAUGUGACCCAAAGCCAACCAUUGGGCUCUGUUUCCCUUCCUCAGGCUGAUUGCCUACUUACUAUAUACUGCCUUGAAACUUCUUGCAAAGACCUUCCCACCUACCAACAGGCCCUGAAGAACAUCAGUAGCCUGCUGAAACCUGGGGGAUCCUUGGUGCUUAUUUCUGCCCUUAAAGGCUACUACUACAUGGUUGAGGAUAAAAAGUUCUUCUGUCUCCCCCUUACUCCUGAGGAAAUCAAAGAUGCCCUAGAAAAAGCUGGUUUCAUCUGUGAUAAGUCUGAGGUCAUCUCUAAGCAUUAUGACCAGGCCUAUGUAAAUCAUGAUGGGAUUAUGAUUUUCGUGGGGAGGAAGCUUAAAUAAAUCCAUGGGCAUUCAAGGUUAAUCCUACUCUUCUUUACCAAAGCUACAUUUGUCAGAAUUCCAUUUUUCUAUAGCUUUUGGUAAAAUCUUUUCUCUCCUUUUCCCAAUUGUCAUGGUGUUAGCUAUUGGCUGUCCUGGGGUAAUGGGGCCUGGAUAAAUUGUUUGAAUGGCAUCCUGUGAGCACUCAAUUUCUAUUAAAGUAAUACACUUGCU